GCACCUCCCCUUUAACCGCUUGGUUGGGUUUCUCUCGUAUCUGUAGUCGCUCUCCCACUCGCACAUUUGCCAUCAGUCGCUUCCGAGCGGAACUCCGGCGGACCUCUGCGCUGUCUCUCUGAAGCACGAAAGCUGUUGUUUUCUCCUCUGCUGCUUUUCUUUCGUGGAAUAAAAGCGUUUCCAAUCGAAGGCUUGUUGACUUUCGUGCGUCUUUUUUUGUCGUUAACAUGAAGAAACGCGGAAUACAGCAUCCAAAGUGGCUGAGGGACUGAAGAGGUUUGCCUCCUGCUUUCAUCCUGUACCCCACUGAAGGAAAGCCGCAAUGGCCAAGUGGCUUAAAGACUACCUGAGCUUCGGCAGCAGGAGGGUGCCUCCUCAGCCGCCCACGCCUGACUACACUGAGAGCGAGAUCCUCAAAGCUUACCGGCUCCAGAAGAACCUGGAUUUUGAGGAUCCCUACGAGGACUCCGAAAACCGGUCCAGGAGCGAGUCCGGGGCUGCUGACCCCUCCACACCCGUGUACGGGUCUCCCAUGAAGACCUCCAGUCUGGACAUGAAGUCACCCAAACACAGACUGAUCAAGGUGGACUCCCAGGAGUUGGGACGCACCAAGAUCCUCCUCAGCGCGAUCUCCUUAGAGGAUCAACAAGAACCUGUGGUACCAUCUGCUCCACUGGCGGGGGACACGGAUUAUUCCGACCCGUUCGACGCUCGUCUGGAUCCCCGGCCGGAACCAGACCUGGGACCCGUUCCCAAUGAGAACAACGGCUACAUGGAGCCGUACGAGGCCCAGAGGGUCAUAACAGAGUUGCAGCGCGGUCCUGGUGGAGGCCGGGUGAGGGGCGAGGUGCAGCUCUAUGACACCCCGUAUGAGGAUGAGCGAGGCCGGGGGUUCAGCUUUGGAGACGCUGUGGAGGAGCGGGGCAGAGGCCUGGGCUUGGCGUACGGUGAGCCCCAGGAGGAGGGGAAGGAGACCAGCAGGCUGCCGCAGGACGACGAAAGGCCGGCUGAUGAGUACGACCAGCCCUGGGAAUGGAAGAAGGACCAUAUUUCCAAAGCCUUUGCAGAAAUGAGGGAGUUGUCGGAUUUGCCCUGGCCUGCCCCAGUGGGUCAGUUGGAGGAGGAGCACCCCGUCACAGAGCAAGUGCAGUUCGAUGGCGCAGAGUGGGACCGCUCCUCAUCCCCCACAGAGCGGUUGCGUCCUCCAGGUCCCAGGUCGAGUCCGCUGGCAGGAGGGGGCAUGAAGUUUCGAAUGCCGCAGGAAAGCCACACCAUGGUGGGGGAGAGAGUGGACCCCACCCUGCCUCUGGAGAAGCAGGUAUGGUACCACGGUGCGCUGUCACGUUCGGAGGCAGAGUCGCUGCUAACGCUGUGUAAGGAGUGUAGCUACUUGGUGAGGAACAGUCAGACCAGCCGCUGCGACUACUCCCUGUCACUACGGAGCUGUCAGGGUUUCAUGCACAUGAAGUUCACUCAGUGUAAAGAUGGCAAAUAUGUGCUGGGGCAGAACAGCCCACCCUUUGACACCAUCCCAGAGGUCAUCCACUUCUACACCACACACAAACUCCCAAUCCGAGGUGCCGAGCACCUCUCCCUGCUCUUCCCUGUGCUGGUGCAGACGCUCUGAUGGGCUCCAGCUCCUCCUGGACCUUUCAUUGUGAUCAGACACUCCAGACUUGAUUGACUUGAAUGUUUCAAUGGGAUCGUCCCAGUGGACUGCCAGUGCUCCGUUCUCCUUGGACUGGAGUAUUUUUCAGUGAUUCAUCACAUCAGUGGCCAGUGCCCUCACCCACCCCUGCUGUUGUGCUCGUGCCAAGUGUUUCAAACAUGUGGGGGAUCAGUUCACAUGAAAUGCAAUACUGUAAUUUUAUGCCUCGCUCUCAUCUCCUCUCUGGACCAAGGAGGCUGAGUUCAGGGCAUCUCAGAUUGUUCCUUUGCUUUUUACUUAUCAUUCACAUUUCUACAAAACGACAGAGGAAUGAGGUCAAAGAAAAAUGAGCGAGAUUGCAUAUUCUAACUCCCAUCCUAUUUCCUCGCAGCCCCAGCCCAGAGAGGCCCUGCAGAAGAUUCAAAUUGAAAUACUGUCGUCCCACAAAAAACACUCCAUCACACCGGUAGAUAUUGCUGUUGUCAAGUGAAGACAGUUCAACCUCUAUUUUCACAGAUUGUCAUGUUUCCGUUUGGACUUUUUAAACUCUUGAGCUUUGGAAACCUUUUUGUAAAUUUGAAAAUGCAUUGUAAAUUUCAGAAAAUUCAUGGUUGUCAGUUGAAAAUAAUGCUAUUUUUGGAAGAUAUAAGGCCCAACAGCAGUCAUAUAUCAAAUUCUCCUGCACAAACAUAUACCUGUACUGUAGCGGAUGGGAUGACUGUCUCUUGUUUUGACUCCAGUCUGUAGACUAAUCUGUUCUAUACUGUCAUGCUGCUAAAUGUUACAAACUUGCUUGACUAUGUGUCUCCAUGUCCCUAGUAGGUUUACAGAGGGGCUGUUUUUUGUUGGUAUUUGUGUUGACCUUGCUGACCUGUAUCUCUUGUCGUUUCCCUGCAUUGCAUUCAGUAGACAAUGCUUUGCAGGGUUUGCAAAAUGAAACUUGUCACUGACGUCAUCUUCCUUCCACUGACUGAAAGCCCAGCUUGGAAACUGUGCCACAGGCCCCAUCUAAAGCAAAGGGGUGCUCAUCAGGAAUCAUUGAUCGCUCUGAGAAACUCAGAGACGUUGUGAAUGUUGGCCCAAAUCUCACAGUUCCUACAUAAGUGUCUUUGAUCCCAGAAUUUUGGCUGCCCAAUCAAUUUCACGCUGGUCGGCUAGUUGGACUUGAGUGAAAUGUUUGCCAUCUGGAAUGGAUUCCCAAGGCCACUGCCUGGUUGCAGUGUUAUGUGGCUUAAAAUGAGAGCCAAAGUGCACCGGACACAUAUUAACCAUGACAAAUGGAAAAAUGAUUUCAACUGUUUGUUAACCUACUAUAAUAUAUCGCCUGGGUUGUCUUAAUUAAUAUUAUGGUCAUUUUCUGUCUCUAGUACUACAAUUUGACAGGUUGCCUCAUUUACCUGCUGUGUUGAAGCAUUUCACUUGUGCUGAAAACAAUAAAGUGUUUUUGAAGACUC